AAAAUGGUAAUUAUGAAGUCCUGUUGCUUUUUCAAGAAUGUCUGGAAUGGAAGUUUUGCUUGUGCAAUUUAUACAAUGAUUUAUUUUGCCUUCUCCAGCUUAAUAUUGCUUAUUUAUGUAAUAGAUGAAUGGGACUAUCUGGUGGGCAGACGCUACUCACCCAAAGGAGAGACCAUUAUUGAAAAGGGCGAUAUAACAGAAACUCAUGUGAUAUUUAACAUAAUAGUAUUAAUAUGUUCUAUGGGUCUAGUGGCCUCAUCGAUAAUAAUGAUGUAUGGUUUGAAAAGAGAUAAACGAGAAUAUCUGUUGCCAUGGAUACUUUUAAUGGUUGGUGAUGUCUGUGUGGAACUAUUCUAUGCCAUCUAUUUUAUUUUCAGUAAAAGAGCAAAUUUUGAUCCUGUUGUUGGAUUUAUAUUUACCAUAGAUUUAUUUAUUGUUUGUUUAAAUACUUAUUGUUUAUUCUGUGUCAUAUCACAGUAUCAGGAAUAUAAAGAGAUUGUUAAUCGUACCACAAGUCCACAAAUGAAUUUCUAUGUGUCAACUGAAGACGCCGGCAACAAUAAAUUCAGCGACUCUGUGAUGGUCACAGAGAAACCCCCCAUCUUAAUGAAAACAUGUCAAUUACCUCAUUCCAACACACGCUUCCUAAUAACAUCACAUCGUUGUUCAAUUAUAUCGCCCAUACCCGAAGAAGAUGUGACAGAAACUCAUCUUUAGCGUAUAUGGUUGCAGUUACGCUGCGUCUUUUUUAAGAGCAAGCCAUAA